GACCCUGACUAAGAGAGAGAGAGAAAGGUAGGUUAUUGGGAAGAAAGAAAGAAAGAGAAGCAAGGAGCGAGUGUGAACAAGCUAUUAAGUUCAUGGUUUGCAUAUCCAACUGCAUCUGCUGAUACAAGUUCUGAAGUAGAGUACUUUCGGAAUCAUCGCAGAAAUGGGUGAAGAGAACAGAGAAGAAAACAAAGGUAAGGAGAAGAAAGAAGAAGCCAAGGAUGAAAAGAAGGAAGACGAGAAAAAGGAAGGAAAGAAGGAAGAAGAGCCUCAAGAGAUUGUACUCAAGGUUGAUAUGCACUGUGAAGCUUGUGCUAGAAAAGUUGCAAGAGCCCUGAAAGGAUUUGAAGGAGUGGAGGAGGUAUCCACAGAUAGCAAGGCAAGUAAGGUAGUGGUGAAGGGAAAGACAGCAGAUCCCAUCAAGGUUUGCGAAAGGCUACAAAAGAAAAGCGGUAGAAAAGUGGAGCUAAUUUCACCUUUGCCAAAACCACCAGAAGAGAAGACGGAAGAAAACAAAGAACCCAAAGAAGAAAAAAAGGAAGAGCCUCCUGCAGCGAUAACAGUAGUGAUGAAGGUUCGUAUGCACUGCGAGGCAUGUGCUCAAGUUCUGCAGAAGCGAAUCCGAAAGAUCCAAGGUGUAGAGUCAGUGGAAACAGAUGUGGGAAAUGAUCAAGUAAUAGUAAAAGGCGUUGUAGAUCCCACGAAGCUGGUUGAUGAUGUAUACAAGAAAACCAAAAAGCAAGCGUCCAUAGUGAAGGAUGAGGAAAAGAAGGAAGAAGAGAAGAAAGAAGAGAAGAAGGAAGAGAAAGGAGAGAAUAAAGAGGGUGAAGAAGGCAAAGGAGAAGAAGAUACCAAGAAUGAUAUCAAGCGAAGUGAAUACUAUCCAUCCAAGUUUUACUCGGAGUAUGCAUAUCAUCCUCAAAUAUUCAGUGAUGAGAAUCCAAAUGCUUGCUCUGUCAUGUAAACAGCAAUUUCAGUUUUAUGUUGUAUUCUAGUUAGUCAACUGGCCCGAUAUCCAUGCAAUUUUCCAGGUAGUAUCUAUCUGAUAAUAAGAUCUUGCCAGACCAAAAAAGUGCUUGUGCUAUCCUUGACAUAUCCUAUGUAAUUAUGGGUCUUGUUUCUUGUCGUCUUUGAGUUCAGAACGAUGUAUUGGAGUACAGUUAAAGUGAUCUUGAAGAAGUUGGCUGUAAUAAGUUUACUUGUCUUAAGUUGCUUUCUCUUUAUUCACA